AUGAUGAAUUUAAACUCUAAUUAUAAGGAAACUUCUCCUUUGGGCCAAUAAUUUAACGAAUUUUUAAAGAGUACUCAGGGAGUCGAUCAGUACAAUUAAAUAUACACCCAAAUGAGCGGUUAAUAUGAUUUAUCCUAGAAUAACAGAAAAAGUUAGGUUUAGAGGGAAAGAGGUAAACAAGGCGAAAAUUACAAUCUAGAAGCUGAUAGAGGUAAGCAGUAAAUGAUAAAGAAGAUGGCAAAUAAAGGAAGAGAAGCCUCAGAGCCACCACCUUAGAUUUAACAGUCACUCCAUACAUAAGGGAUACAAGGACAUUAAAUCCUAAGUGGAGACCAUAGAAGAGUGUAGGAUAUUCUAUAAGAGUCUGAAAAUGAGGAGAGCUAUUAAUCAUCGUUUCUUGAGGUAUAAGAAGUCCAGAAUAUUGCUUAAAUUACAGGAGAAAAUGAUGAGAGACUGGAACUCAGAAAAUAAAGAUAGAAUAGCUUGAAUCGAUCUCAUAAGCAACAAGGAUAUUAUGCUAAAAUGAUACCCUCAUUUACAAAUGAGAAACGAAGACAUCUCUUUUUUAACCAUCCUAAACGAGGGUUUGGAUAUGUAAAUUAAGAGAUAGAAGAAGAGCUAUGGAGAUUUUAGAAAGAAAUCGAGGAGAAGUUCGCAGGAUCAUUGGUAAACAAAAACUUCAAAUUCCCUUUUCUUCAAAAUAGAGAGAGAUAAGAAAUGAGUCUACAUAAUUAGCAACCACAAGAGUAAUAGCAGUUAGAAGAAAUUUAGAAUCAAAAUGGAAUUAAUAUAAAGCUGCUAAACGAAUUAACUGAUGAUCAAAAACAAAAUUACAUUAGAUCACUGCUAUACCCUCAGAGACCAGAAUCUUAUUUGGUUCAAGUAAAUUAGUCUCAAGAAAAGAUGCAAAGACAAAGUUCUGAGUAGCAUCUAGCUAAAUCUAAAAGCAAAAAAGAGAGCUAGGUAACAAAUCAAAAGAUUAUUCAAAGCAGGGCGAUUCAGUUAUUUAAUCCAAAAGAGGCUAUGCAAUCACCAAUUAAGAGCACUUAAGUAUAAUCUAGUUUAGAUAAUAGAACACCACCUUCAGUAUAUUAAAUUACUAGCAGUAAUAAAUAGUAGAUGAACUAGACAGGCUCCUCAAGAAACUAAAAAAUUCAAAAAGUAGGAAAUUACUCCUCUCAAUCAUACAAAGGAGUCAAAACUACAACUAAUAAAACUUUAUCCCAACACCAUAUUACCAAAAUAACAGACUUUAACAGUAUCACAAUGGAUAAGUAAAGAAGUGUAUAAUACUAGCAAGACUCUCAAUCUCAAUCGUAAAUUAACGAUCAAAAUAGUUAAAGCAUUAAAUCAUAGAAGACGUCAGCACUUAAUUAAUAUAAUCAGAGUAGAAAUAGAUAACUUAAUCAUAAGUCUAUUCAUUUAAGCUACAAACCUAGUAAAUCAGUACUUUAACCUUCUAUUUAAUCAGAUAAUAAAUAAACUUCAAGUUAAUAGAUAGAAUAGAAUUUUAAGAAAAAUUUACUCGCUAGCAAUGAGCUUAGUAAAAAUUCUUCUAUUAUUUAGCCAUCCAAGCAAAAAUCACAUGUUUUGAUGAUGUCAUAACAAUAAGAUAGGAAAAAAAAAGAUUCUUCUAGCAGAUAGCUUCCAGUGUUUCAGACUAAAUCAAUUAAUGAUAAGAAGAAAUUUAAUGAUAUCAAGCACCAUUUGAAUUUCGACUCUAUUUAAGUAGAUUAAAACAUUCCUAGCCAUAGAGAUGUAACAUAGAUAUCAAAUAUGAAUAAUUACAUGACCUCUCAAACAGAGGAGGCCUAAAUGUAUGAGUCAAAUGUUAUUCACACUGAACCAGUUUAUGGGUCUCUUAGGCAUAAUAAUAUGAGUAGUAUUUCACAUUAGUACAAUAGAAAUACACCCAAGAGUAAUGCAUAAAAACAAAAUGGAUUUUAAACCUAAAAUGGAAACAUUUAGAUUAAUAGCUUUUAUUAGAGUUUUAACAAUGCUAAAUCAAAUCAAUCGCAUAAUUAACAGGCUAUUAUAAUAAAGAGUAGAAAUGCGAAUCUCAAGCUUAUUUAAGGAUCUAAUGACAGUCUUGGAGGAAAAUUAAUGGCAAGCUAGCGAAAUUAGUCGAGCUAAGAGAGAUCAAAGAAUUCAAAGGCUAAUACAAAUUAUAUUCAAUCUAAUAAAAAGAAGGUCACUAAUAAAAGUAGCUAUCAUUAAAAGCUAAGAAGAGAAAGUUCGAAUGAUUCAAUGAACAUCACAGAAAUUAGAACUAAUCAAUAAUCAAGACUGGAUAAUUGUAAGAUUAGAUCUAUGAGUAAUAAUUAGAGAGAAGUUGUCUCGUCUAGCCAAAAUGUUGAUAAAAAUAUUGUUAGAAAUAGCAGUCCUACUAAAACCAACCUUGAUAAUUUAAAUAAAAGUACUGAGAAAAAUAAUCAUUAAAGGAGUCUUACAAUGACCUCAUAAUUCUAUCCAAUAAACUAGAAUCAUCUAGCUUAAUCUCCAAUCAUGUUUUAAAAAUAGUAAAGUUAUCCAUAAUAAGUAACAGACAGAAUAAAUUCGAGGAACAUUGUCCAUAGCACAACAAAAGCAGUUAACUCUAUGCCUAUAAAUAACCUGAAAAAUCAGAGUUAUACACUUUUUAAGAAUGAAAAUAAUAAUGUGAGCACUAAAAUAGUUUACACUCAUAAUGAUGUGCCACAGUAUUAAGAGUACCAAGAUACUUAGAUGUUUAGUGAAAGUUUAAACUAUCAAAAUCAGCAUAAGUAAAAGGAAACUAAAUGCUCAAUUAUAGAAGAAAUAGUAGGAUUGUCAAAUGCCUCAAGCAUGGUUGAAACUCAACAAAGGCAAAUUUCAAAUUUCAAUCAAUAAAAUUAUCAAAUCGUUCCCAUAAUACAUCUUUAAUAGUAAUAAAAUCAGCCCAGACACCAUAGGAAUCAUGGUAACUCAGAUCAAACAAUCUUCAUUAAUCAUAUGAAAAAUAACUCAAGCGCUCAAGAUAGCAAAUCUAGUGGCAGGCUUAGUCCAGCAAUAUGGUCUUCAAAAAUACCAGUAAUUCCUUAAAAAAUAAUCAAGUCCCCAAUCAACAAAACUUUAGUUAAGAAUAAGAAUACUCCCAAUAGUACAAAUAAGUUAAAAGGUAUUAGUAAUCUUUCAUAAACUCACAGUCAAUUAAGAGCUUUCAUUGAUAAAAGUUAAAGUACAACCAAGACUUCAACAAUCUAUCUUGUUAAGCCCUAGCAUAAAUAAAAUUAAAGAUCAAUGUAAAACGUGAAAGCUAUCAUGAAUUAAUCUGGCUAAUUGCAUCGAAGAAAUUACACUAAAAAUGAAAUAUCUAUAGAAGCUGGAGGUUCAUGCGAAACUUUACUCAGUACCAGAAUAGUCGCUCCUAGUAAAAAUUAAAGUAUCAGUCAUAAGAUUGACAAUCCAUCAUCAAGACACUCUCACAUAAGAGCACUUUGA